AUGAGCGACGAAUUCGGACGAGCACAUUUCAAAGAUUCUCUCGUUGAUGAUUCUGCCACCUUUGACUUCGCGACUACGAACUACCCUCCUGAAGGAGACACGACAUCUUCAGGAGGAUGGGGAGGUCCUCCGGAAGACGUGUGGGGAAAUAAAGCCCAAAGAAGCGGCGUUGACACCGGCAAGACCGACGCGAAGAAAAGCGACAGAAAAACUGGUCUUGUCGACCAGUCCAUGAAUGAUUCGAACCUGAAGGGCCAGAUCCGAGAUGCGAAACAAGGGGCGGACAGGUCUACUUGA